AUGGAUACCUGCACUGUUAAACCCUCGAAAAACCUCACCUCCACAACCACCGCCACCGCCUCCGCCUCCACCACCACCACCACCACUCCUACUUCUACCACAAGUAGCUCCACCAAAGAUGAACAGUCACAAAAUUGGGCAAGUCUACCCUCUGACAUCCUCCAAAAUCUGUUGAAAUACCUCGACAUGAUAAUCGACAUCCCCCGCAUUCGAGGUGUCUGUCCUUCAUGGAGAUCUUCUCUCCCUCUUUCUAUCAUCCCCAAAGUUCCAGAUCGUUUUCAAAUCCCUGGCUUUCACAACAACCGCUUACUUCUCCUCAUUCAAACCCGAUUCUACUUACUCUCUCCUCUCAACCCAGUCCAUGGCGGUCAAUGGGUGGCCAGAAUGGGUCAAACCGGGCCUAAUACAUGGCAUAUUUUCAACCCUUUAAAUGUUCACGACUACUUCUUUUCUUCCCCACCCAUCACUGCUGAAAUAAACCUUCUAAGUUGUCGUAUCCAACAACUUUGUAGCUCCUGGUGUGUUGUGGGUGGGUCGGAUAUCGAUUCUGAUGAUGUGAAGCUCGAAUCUGGAGCCAAGAAAGUUGUGGGUGGGUGGAAUUUCAAAUCGCGGUAUCUCUUUGCUGUUUUGGCUCAGCUUGAGACUCCCGGCAAAGGCGACGAAGGAGGUUUAGUGCUGUGGAGGUUAGGCGACAAGAAGAACACGAAAUUCGAAGAAACCUUUGAGCAUAAAUGGCGUAUACUCGACAUUGCCUACAAUAAUGGUAAAUUUCACGCCAUCGAAUUAACUGGGUGGCGAAUGGGUGUAAUUGAUGUUGAUGAUUAUGGUAAACGUGAAAUCCCGAAGAUGGAAUUCUUCGGUCUCCCUGAUAUUAAGGGCGAAGAACUGAAUGAUUGUUACAGUUUGGUAAUCGAUGGUUGCAAGUUUCUGCUUGGGAAUAUUUUGUUGGUUCCCUCAAAUGGUUGGUUGUUCAUGGUUAUAGUUGCAAAUCCAGAUCAUGAUGAGGUUGAUAGUGAUAGCUAUCAAAAGGAGGAAGCUGCCGAACAGAAAUUGAUUAUGUUUUACUUUGUGCUAAAGGAAGGGAGAGAAAUGGAGGACAACUCUUGGGAAAGAGUAGCUAAUAUAGGGGACAACAUCUUCUUCAUAGGGUAUGACUCGUCGUUUUCGCUACUGUCGGCGUCGAAGAACGCCCCUGGUUGGAGACCUGGGUCUAUUUGUAUGUUUACAUGGCCAUUUCCGAUGAUGUUUGACUAUGGUGUUCCAAAGGGACUGAAGAAUCUGACAUUUGCAUCUUAUUGGAUGUAUUUCAAGAUGUACCAGCAUAACACAGAAAAGGAGGAGGAGAAGGGUAUUGUCAGCUUUGAGAAGUUGGGAAAGCACAAAUAUACAGGGUUGUUCUUCCCGCCUCCUGCUUGGGUCAUUUGGAGAUGUCCGAGUCGAGGUAAUGAUGUUGUCAUUCUGCAUAACUUGAAGUUUAGUGACGAUUGGUAA